AUGGAGGAACAUUCCAAACGACGUGUUGCAUACUAUUAUGACGGGAACAUUGGGAACUACUAUUAUGGUCAGGGACAUGUUAUGAAACCCAAUCGAAUACGAAUGACACAUCAUCUCAUUCUCAAUUAUGGCAUUUAUAGAGAUUUGGAAGUUUAUAGACCUUAUCCAGCAUCGUUCGAGGAUAUGACAGUAUUCCAUAGUGAAGAGUAUGUUCAGUUUUUGAAGUGUGCCAACCCAGAUAAUCUGCGCAACUUCAAACCACACAUGUUGAAAUUCAAUGUCGGAGAAGACUGUCCUGUUUUUGAUGGGUUGUAUGAGUUUUGUCAACUGAGUAGUGGAGCCUCGAUAGCUGCUGCAGUAAAACUGAAUAAAAACAAAACAGAUAUAGCUAUCAAUUGGAUGGGAGGCCUUCAUCAUGCAAAAAAAGGAGAAGCAAGUGGUUUUUGUUAUACCAACGAUAUAGUUCUUGCCAUAUUAGAAUUAUUGAAACACAAUAAGAGAGUGCUCUACGUAGACAUAGAUGUUCAUCAUGGCGACGGUGUCGAGGAAGCUUUUUUCACUACAGACCGUGUUAUGACUGUUUCUUUCCACAAGUAUGGAGAGUUUUUCCCAGGAACAGGGGAUUUUCGGGACAUUGGUGCAGGAAAAGGAAAAAACUACGCAGUGAACAUACCACUCAGAGAGGGAAUCACUGAUGAAGCAUAUCAAAGUAUCUUUAAACCAAUUAUGACAAAGGUUAUGGAGAGAUUCCAACCAUGUGCUGUUGUUCUUCAGUGUGGAGCAGACUCACUUGCUGGUGAUCGAUUAGGUCCAUUUAAUUUGACUCUCAGAGGGCACGGGGAAUGCGUCUCAUUUUUUCGGAAGUAUAACAUUCCAUUGAUGUUGGUCGGUGGUGGUGGUUACACACCAAGAAACGUAGCCCGCUGUUGGGCCUACGAAACAUCGCUGGCAACAAAUAAAGAAAUUCCCAACGAAAUACCAUAUAAUGACUAUUUCGAGUUUUAUGCACCGCAUUAUAAACUGCAUUUGGCUCCAUUAGGUAGAGCUAAUAUGAAUAGUGUCGAUUUCAUGCAAUUUGCAUUAGAGAAAGUGAUGGACAAUCUUAACAGUCUAGCUUUUGUUCCUAGCGUUCAGAUGCAACCUCUUGAAGAAGAUUUCCAGCCUCCCUUUAAUGAUCCUACAGUUCUCUCGGAUUAUGUAAACCCUGAUUCCCGUCUUCAUCCUUCUAUUAUGGAAAGCUUAACAGAUGAUGUGGGUGAAUAUUAUGACGGAGAGCAAGAAGGUGAUGAUAGGAGAAAUGAGUACAAUGCUAAGAGAUCAGCUGAACGAAACGACAGUAAAGGUUCCCCGGUGAAAAAGUGUAGAGAGGCUCACGGAAAGGUAUAG